UCAUUAAAGUCAACCGUAGAAGAAGAAGACGCACAUUUACUGUCUAUGACGAGUAGACGAGAGUGUUAAGGUGAAUUUUGGACGAUUUUGUGAAAUGGCAGGUAAUUUGAAAGACAGAGAAGCUUACGAAAGACUGAACUAUCUUUAUCAGGCGGCUCAUUGUGUUUUAUCCAAUAAUCCGGAAAAUGCGGAGCUGGCUCGUUUCUACUGUUUCACACAGAAGACCAUAACGAGACGUCUAGUCCUCAGACAAGACCCGUCAGUGAAGAGGACGUUAUGUAAGAACUGCAGCUCCCUGCUCAUCCCCGGAGUGACGGCGACAACAAGACAACGAAGGAAAAACAAAAAGACGAGUUUCACCGUCAUGAGGUGUCUCAACUGUGGGAAAAGCAAGAGGCUACUGAAUAAUCCAGAUUACAGCCUAUGGGUGGAUCGUCCUGAGGCCCAGCUGGAGAAUCAGAAUCAGAAACAGCCAGAUCCAGCCCCUCCUGUUACAAAGAAGCCCAGAAACCCAAAGCCUGGUAGGUGGGCAGCACAGCAGCAGCUCUCCUCCUCUGGAAAAUGUGCAGCUUUAAUGUCAUUCUUAAGUUUUUGAUCCAUGAACAGGUGUGAUAUUAUCAAUUAAGCACCAAAAGUUAUGAACUCUGGUAGGUUUAGUAUGUAGGGCUGCACGAUGAUAUUAGCACAUGAACAUAUAUAUACUUUUUUUAAACAUUAAAAUGAUCAGUCCUGAAUAAAUCUCUACGCUGACACCACAAGCUGAUACUAUGACUCUCUAACACUCAAAUAGUGGGCUUUUAAAACGCGGAAUUAAAAUCUGUCAUGCUGAUGUGUAAUCUGAGUUGAAGUAGUUUGACAAUUUGACUGUUAAAUGUGAACAUUUUGAAAACAUUACAGACAAAUGCAAAAAGUAGAAAUGAUCGAUUGUUGAUUCCACACCAGAGCGACUCGAUGGUCUGUGCAAUCAUGGAGAAAUAUGAAAAUAUAUCGGUAUUGAAAUAAUCAGUCUGUAAAAAUGAGUGUUAUGGUUGUCAUGAUGUCAGAAUAUUUAACAUGGUACCCGUAAAAAUCAAAAGAUAUAUGGAUACCUGUUUGGAUACCAUGGCGACAGAAAUAGAAGUCUUUAGGCAAACAAUAUUGAAUGAUUUUUUUCUUAAAGAAAAUUCACACUCUACAUUGCACACACUCAUUAUCCAUGCAAACAUUGCCAAGUUAUUUGUGCAAUUUAGGCAACAGACUCUUCUUUGGGUUGAAAAUUUGAUUUUUUUUAAAACAUGAAUUGACAACUUUAGUAAGUCUUCAUAUCAGUGAUGGUAAAAAAUAUCCAGUUGAAUGUGUUCCUAUGAGUGAGAUUUUGGCCUCUGUGAGACCAGUCUGUAUUUUUUUCUGCUCUUUUGUAUAUGAUGCUACCAGCAGGUGGAGUCCUAAACACAGUUUUGAAAGGAACAAGUGUCAGUGAAGGUGUUAAAAGAUUUUUUUUUUUAUGGAAAUCACAACUAGGAAGGAAAAAAAGAAUUAUUCGUUUUAUUAUUUUUCAUGAUGAAUAUUUUACAUCGCUGUACAGGCAUGUACAUGUUUCUGUAGCUGAAUAUGUUGACUGCUAACCAUCUGUUUCUGGGUAUUUAAAAGGUUGAUUUAAAAAAUAAAAACGUGUCUUCUUUCACA